GUGUAUAUUAACGGGAACAAAUACAUCAGCAUUUUGCGGAUCAAAAGUGAAACAUACACUGACUGAUAAAAACGUUCACUGCCCACCGUGUGUGAAGUGACAACUGGUGGCCACUAGAGGCGCUCUUGUCAACGGAACCGUUCUCAGCCCUUUUCCUUUGCACUUCUCGUGUUCCAGCUCUUUUGGGUUCUUUACAUUUUAUUCGAAUAUUAACUGUGAUGUUUUGCAGUGCCGCUUCCCCCAUUGGGCCGCCAACAGUAUUCUCAUUAUUGUAAUAGUCCUGUCAUAUUCAGCAUUACAUUCCAAGUUUAUCCAUGUAAAGUUUUUUUUGUGUUCUUCAUGGGGAAAAUAUUCCUUUUAGGCACUUUCUUUAAAAAUCGAACAAACUUGUUUGUUAAAAGGCCACUGGCGGGGUCUGCACUUGGACUCGAUUCUGAUCACUGGUCCAUAAUACUAUAGUAUAUAAUACCGUUCAGAUGAUCCAGAUCUCCGCAAACGUUUAUUAAAAAAGGACACCAGUGCUGUAUGUUGGGCUUGGAAUCCCAGUUACUCCAAUACCAUCGAUCUCCUUACUGUAGUAAAACCCUAAUAAGGCCUUCGUUGGGCGUGUCAAAACAUUUGCAGCAGCGCGAUCGUCCUUUAUAAGGUAACUGGACUCCUGGCAAAUUUCAUGUCAGCCUUCGACACUUUUUUUUCUUAAUAAUUUGUAGAAUUUUAAGACUAAACGACACUGCCGGUAAAGUCUUAAAUGCCAAACCACUUUCCGUAUGAAAUUACUAUCAAACGUUAGACAAAGUUUAAAGGAGUUCGUUAUAUACAGGGUAUUACAACCGCUCGCGAGCUGCUUACAAGAGCCGGGUCUCGUGCCUUCCCACGGGGGCAUUGUGGGAAUUGAAGGCUACGCUAAUCCUCUCUUCCGCGCGGCGAUGUCGUCGGUACAUUCAUUGUGUGUGUACCGGGUUGGACAGGUUCGCCUAAGGAGGAUUAGCGCAGCUCUUGGUCUUUUGCGUUUUGGACCGUGGUCCGCGGUACUGAACUACACGGUGACUCACCCCGCAGUGUAACAUGACGACCAGGAAACACUCGACACUGACUAAACUAGCAAUAACGCCUCAGUCAGCGGCCCUUGUUCCAACAGUUUUUUCACUUCAUGUGUGCGGAGCAAAGGGAGUGCGCUCGGUGUGACGGAUACUGAGUCCCAGGGGGCAGGGCGGAGGGCCGGGCCACACCGAGUCCCGCUGCACCCCGCGUUCGGCCGCCUCGCCCGGACCGGGGACCGCGGCGGGGAGGGUUUGUGAUGAUCGCUGCGGGGGUGGGGCAAUCCACUUCCUCAACUCAGCCCAAGAAACACCUCUGCCCAUCCGCAGAGCGAAAGAAGUGAAGUGGGCGGCGAUUCCGAGUCUUGUCUCUUUGGUUUUUUACCCCUGGUGCUGCCUGCUGCGCUCGCUCUUCCUUUGAGCCCAAUAUGGCCACUCUGGCAGCCUGGUUCUGGAACGAGCGGUUCUGGCUUCCCCACAAUGUGACCUGGGCGGACCUGGCGGACCCGGCGCCGGGAGCGGAGUACCCCAAAGCGGGACACUUGCUGGCUGCCCUACCGCUGGCUUUGUUCAUAUUCGCUGUACGGAUACUGUUCGAGAGACUGAUCGCGCGGCCGUGCGCCCACAUGCUGCGGAUCCAGGCCGAGGGGAGCCGGAGAGCCCAGCCGAACGCCGUGCUCGAGAAAGUGUUUACAUCCAUCACAAAGAGCCCAGAUCCCCGACGCUUGGACGGCCUGUCCAAGCAGCUGGACUGGGAAGUGAGGAAGUUGCAGCGCUGGUUCCGGCAUCGGCGAAACCAGGACAAGCCCAGCACCCUCACAAAGUUCUGUGAAAGCAUGUGGAGGUUUACAUUUUAUCUGUUCAUAUUUACCUAUGGGUUUCACUUUCUGUGGCAGUCUCCCUGGAUGUGGGACACACGACAGUGCUGGUACAACUACCCUUUUCAGCUGCUCUCCCCAGGACUGUACUACUACUACGUGACUGAGCUGGCCUUCUACUGGUCCCUCAUGUUCUCCCAGUUCACUGACAUCAAGAGAAAGGAUUUCCUCCUCAUGUUCAUCCAUCACCUGGCUACGGUUAGCCUGGUCAGCUUCUCAUACGUCAACAACAUGGUGCGAGUGGGCAGUCUGGUCAUGUGUGUGCACGAUGUCUCAGACUUCCUACUCGAGGCUGCCAAGCUGGCCAACUAUGCCAAGUAUCAGCGUGUGUGCGACUCCUUGUUUGUGCUGUUUGGCGUGGUCUUCUUCAGCACACGGCUCAUCAUUUACCCAUUUUGGGUCCUCAACAGCACCCUUUUUGAGAGCUGGACGAUCAUCGGGCCUUUCCCGUCCUGGUGGCUCUUCAACGGGUUGCUGCUCGUACUGCAGGUCCUUCACAUCAUCUGGUCCUACUUCAUUGCCCGCAUUGCCUUCAAAGCCAUGCUACGCGGAAAGAGUAGGCUUGUUUCCCUUUUCUCAGGUGGGGCAAGGACUGUCUCCCACCUGAGAGAUCUCCUCCUCCCUCCCUUGUUCCUUCUCUUAGCUCACAGUAUCUCUGUCUUGUGGAGAGUAGUGUUUACUUCUGGCCUUUGCAGUGCUGUAUCUAAGGAUGACCGCAGUGACAUAGAGAGCAGCUCAGAGGAGGAAACUGAAUCCUCCAAGGACAGUAACAAGAGUGCCACAUCACCCAAGGGUGAGAACGGAACAAACGGUCACUCUGCUACAGGAGCAUGGGUACAAGACCACUUCUGAGACAGGCAGGCAACGUAGACACCUUCAAAAUGGGUCCCUGGAUUGAACAUCACGAAGAUGUUGGUCCUUGUACUCAAUGUCUCUCCUCCUCCUAGACGAUCGAAAACCACCCCUCACGCGUAGCAGUUUCAGGACUGAAAGUUUUAUGGAGUCUAAUGUGGGUGGACAAAUAACAUGGGUGUGGACACUGGUUAAAACAGCUUUGAAAACCAAAAAGGAAGGACUUUUUCUAAAAUGAAACAUGAAUCAGCUGUUUCCUCACUUCACGUUUUACUGAAGUUGAAGUUUUUUUUCCCAGUUAUUUUAUUGAUAAAAUGUACUUGAGUAUUUUUCCUUUAAUUAUUCAGUUUGUUUUUGUUUGUGCUGUUGGUCAUGAUUUUUUGACACAAACAAGUUUAUUAAAAUGUUUACUGGUAUUGUCUCAA